ACAGACAUCCAUUUGGAUGCAGAUGGUGCAUGCGUCUGCAUACAAUUGUUCUGAGGCUACCCAAGGGCCGCUGCAUGGCCUCGGCGCUGCUGUACAUGCAUCUAUUGCUUUCUCUGGCGUCUGUGCUGAAGAGUUGAUGAUUUGUGACCCCACGAGUGCCCUUGACUGUGGAAUUGAGGCUAGUCGAGAGAUCUUGGCCAACAUCUCUAUGGACAAACUGGAGGAGAAUUUAUGCAGAAUCUACGACCAAUCAAUGGAAUGUGUGGAGCGGAACACUUACGCCUGUCCACAGGAGGUCAACUGGAAAGUCCAAGAGAAGAUGGAGACCUCAUUCUGUAUAAGCUACGACAUGAUCAAACACUGUCCGUCUGUCCGCAAAGAAAUGGCGAGAGACAGCACCAAAAUCCCGAGCUGUGAUGCAGACAGUUGGAUGGAAGACAUGCGGGAAGAUAUGGAUGUUAAGAACGUCACCACCAGGACAGAGAACGGGACAACAGUUAUUAACAGGAACACAACUAGAGCAAACAACACAGCUGAGAUGAUGGACGACUACAAAGUGUGUAACUUGACUGGUGCCUAUGGAUGUCUUUCCCAUCUCGGUAUGAAGUUGAUGAGUCCCAUGAUGCAAUGCAACAGUAUGCAUAGGCAGUACACUAAAACCAUGCAGUGUGUUGAUAAGAUGACCAGUUGGUGCGAUAGUUCCACCAUGUCGGUGGUCGAGUCAGUGGUGCGGAUGGCUGUAAAGACCGUGUACAAGAUGUGCCCACAGGUUGUCAUGAAGCCAUGCCAGGAAUCAAAGCACUGUCGUCUGGACGAGGCACAACACUGUGUCGAUGUUUUGGCCCACAUGUCGAGUAUGAAAGAGAUGAAGGAUCAACAUAUCUGCUUGGCACGUGAGAUGACUGAAAUCUGCCUAAAGGAGAAGCUACAGCACUGUUCUGUAUUUGGUAAGUCCGCUAUGAUGGAGGCUGUCAAGCAUGCCACACCAAACCGACAUCUUGUUUGUGGUGGUGAUCUUGAAGUCUGCAUUCAGAAAUUCUUCUUCAACACGAUCGGUCUGAUCAAUGGUGAUGUGAUGUUGGCCCAAGCGACACGUAUCCGAAACACGAUCGCCAGCGAGGUGACAAGCCACUUCAUGGAGAACCCAUACAUGGUCGGAGUGACGGAAAUUAACAGAAGGAUUGAGAUGAAUUUGGCUAAUAUGUCGCGCGCCAUGAGGGAAAUGUUGUCAGGUGGGGCCAACAUGUCGAUGAUGCCCGAUGCUAUGCAGAUGGACAACAUGGGGGAUGCUUACCUCAUGGACGGCGUCGCCUACAUGUGGGGAAUGAUUUCUGGAGGCAUGGAGGAGGACUACCAAACUAACCACGCCAAGGCCAAGGUUAUUCAGUGUGCAGCCGUUCGUGAAGCAUAUGAGUGCAUGGACAGUGAAAUGCACAUGGCUAGCUGGUCAUACUUGUCGUCCGCACAAGGCACCUUUGUGAGACAGAACCUGAUCCAGCUGCACGAAGUCUCCAAAAGCAUGUGCCAUGAAGAUAUGACCUGCACCUUCUUGAAGCAGCCAGAGUCCUGCCAGGUGUUGCCUGCUAUGUGGAUGACAAUGGCUGGUGUUGGACAGGUCUUAACAACCAACAAUGCCGCAUUCUGCAGCAAUCUACCAAGUAUGAUGUCCAACAUAUCCGCCCUGACCUCAAGCUGCACGGAUGACGUCGGUCAACACUUCAAAGCCAUGCUUGGUUUCCAGGAAGAGGCAAAGGAAGCUAUAUGUAAUCUACCCUCCAACUGUAACGUGGACGGUGCUACAGCCUGUCUGCUCAGUCUUAACAAAGACAACUUCUGCGCUGAGUAUGACAACGUUAAGAACUGUAUGACCGGAGCACUGAAGAGCUGUGCUGUCAUGGUUCAGGCUAACCUGACUGCUGAACUGGAGAAUGUACAGAACGCUUAUGGCCAGUCCUGUAUUAAGAUGCCAUCUAUUUAUGUCACAGACCCAACCCGUUUAAUCAGGCUGGAGGAAGGAAGCAUGAAUUCCACAAACAUUUAUGUGACCAUGACUGAGUCACCCUCCUGUGGCAAUAACUGCCACAUCGAAGUUACCGUAUCUCUGUCUGAAGUUGCCAGCUCUGUUGCAAAGUGUGCUGAUGGCGCUGUUGACAUUCCACAAGUGUUGGUGGUCAAGGACGGUGAUACCUCCGGAACCUGUAAUAUGGUCUUUACGGAUGCCGACUACAUGACCCCUCGCGUGGUGCCCCUCUUGGCGACCGCUGACCUCAUUCAGGACGGCACACACUACAUCACUGCUAAACUUACAGCAACCAAGAUUGAUAACGGAGUAGUCGUAAAAGAAACACAGCUUGCAGAAUACCAGAUUGUUGUCACCAACAACGACCGUUACAGUGCGUGUAUGGCCUUUGGUGAUUCUGUGCGGUCGUUUGACGGACUAAGCCACAAUAACUACUACCAAGGGUUGUUCUUAGUCUACAAGCACACCAUAUUGCCACAAGAGGUGUUUGUGCUGAAGCAAAAGAGCUUGAAUAGGUUCGGAACAGAGUCAUGUGCCGUGGCUGUCAAAUCGGAGGAUGAUGUCUUCAUCAUCGACCGCUGCCGAGAAAGCAAUGGAAAUAUCCGAAACACACAGCAGCUUUAUAUGACUGGCACUUUGCAUCCGUUUACAGAGAUUAACAGCGAGGGCAGCAAAUACACGGUGAGGUUCCCCUCCGGAACCGUGGUGACCAUUGAAGACAUGACAAUCUCACUGCAAAUCAUGGUCCAUGCUUCGCCAUUCGACAUGGGUCACACAACAGGUUUGUGUGGUGUGUAUGACGGUAUGACUGACAAUGAUCUGACCCUGCCCAAUGGACGAGCUAUUGCUAUCGCAACAUCAACCGCUAGUGUCGAUUUUGCUACCUCUAGAGACUUCGACAGGCAAUGGUCGGCAUCUUCGUCGGAUUUGUUCCUGAAGAGCUCCGACUUCCCAACGAAUACCUUCUGUAGCUGUGGCAGCAAUGCUGGUAGCUCAUCCCCACCGCAAUGUGUCUCUCGUAACACACUCGUGGACUCUUGUGCUUCACCUUUGGCUGGUACUGACAUCACAAAUGCAUUGAAGGAGGGUGCUGCUGUUAUCGUCACCGGCUGCGACAGGAAGAGGAGACAGGCCGGAACGGGAUUGUUCGAUGGUGUUGAGAUUGACCCAACCUAUGAUGAUUCGGUCACAGAACCCACAUGGAACCAGACCAGGACCUACAACCUCGACUUAGCCACAGCUUUCUGUCAACAACAAGUGAAUGCUAAGGCAGUUAUAAGCCUCUGUCAGCAGAUUCCGGGCUUUUCCUUACCCACUGACACUGUCAUCCAGGAGUGCAUUGACAAAAUCAAGUUGACUGAUUCUGCAAUCGAUGCCACCUAUACGCUAGCUGUGUAUAUCGGGCAAUGCGAGUCUGAGGCCAGACAACUACUCGGCUCCACGGACAUCACAUUGGUUCAACUUGCGACAAACAUCCUGAACUUUGUUUGUCCAAACGACUGUAGCGGAAGCAAUGGUAUCUGUAGUGCUGGUACUUGCCAGUGUCAACAGAGCUGGCUUGGCGUCGACUGCUCCAUUGACGGGAACCAGCCUCCAACUGUCUCGAGUGUGGAGAACAAUGGACUAUGUCCCCUUGGCAGCACCGACUGUGCUGUGAUCACAGUUCUUGGUGACAACUUCAGUGACCAGAAGACACCUUCAUGCCACUUCCAGGCUCUCACUAUCAAUCAGGCCGGUACCACUACAACUGGACCUGUGCAAAUCGUGGUCGCUGAGUAUGUUACAAUAACACAGAUCAACUGUCCAGUACCUGCAGACAUGAUGACGUCCAGUCUCAAAUCGGCCGUACAGGUGGCGGUCAGUAAUGAUGGAGCUAAGUUUAGUCCCUAUUACACGGUGGUCACCUUCGACAGUGCCUGUUACAGCUGUUCAACAACUGCCUGUACGACCACUACUACUGGCUGUGUGAUAGAGAAUGUUUGCUACGAAGCAUUCUCCAACAAACCUGGUGACCAGUGCCACUACUGCGAUCCUUCUCUAACAAACACGGGGUGGACAAUGAAAAUCGCUCCACCACUGUGUAAUUUACCUACGACACCAGCCCCCCCUACAACCUCCAGCCAACCAGCUGUGACAACCACCACCACAACGCGAGCAACCACUCCUCGCCCGACAACACCCAAACCAACUACACCAAGACCGACUACACCAAGACCAACUACUACACCAACCACACCAGCUCCUAUGGUGAAGACGACAACAGAGGAGCCGGUCCUUAGCCAAGACGCCCAGUUGAUUGUUGUUGUGUUGGGAGUUGUUGCUGGCCUGUUCGCCGUCCUGUCCUGUAUCUUGGCUGUCAAGUAUUGUCAGCGUCAACCGUAAGUAUAUCUUGAGUAUUGUAGUACAUUUGUCUGGUAGUAUUAACUGUUUCUCGUCUAUUAUCUCGUCUAUUUUUCGUUCAUUUUCUUGACAUUUCUUUGUCAGUUACUGACUGCUUGUUACUAAUUGGUAGAUUCAGGACCUUGUCAAAAGCUGUUGGAAAUAGUUGUAAGAAGCCGGUUAGUUCUAUUUUUUUCCCCUGAUAAGAUAAGACAUUAUGAUCACCAAAGAUUAGUAUGUAAGGGACGUGUAAGUUUGUCUCCUGAUGAGAGCUUUAGU